AUGCCUAUUGAAUCUGGCAAGGGGUCGUCUACGGGUUCAUCCUCUCUUACUCCUGGGCACUCCGAAAAAGAGAACUACAGCCCGAAGCCGAAACAGACUCCAACAGUUGGAAGCUAUAAUAGCAGCAAUUACGAUGCCGCAAUCACCGACGGCCCUGACUCUAUAGCAAGCAGUUCGGAUAUAUCGGCCUCCGCCUACCGCAAAGCUUGGUCUUCACUUAGUGAAGACCAAAGGAAGGAAUUGACAGGAGAGGACGAGAUCAGAAAACUCUUCGAACAACUGAAGCAAACUGAUCAAAAGCAUGGAGACCAAUGUCUUCUUCGGAAAGGUCUGAGGGCUGUGAGUCCGUAUCUAGAGCGGCUUCGCAUCACCAUCGACUUCAUCAGCCCCUUCGCCAGCGUGGAACCGACUGCGGGGACUGCGCUUGGGCUCAUUAAAAGCGUCAAUUCAAUCGCUAUUGCCAUCUGCGGUGCUGCCGAUGAUAUAACAGGUCACAUUGAAUCGUUUCUUGAACGCAUCCCAGCGAUCGAGCGGUGCAAUGAGGUUGUCAACGGACGCAGUCGAAUGCUCGAUAUAUACAAUGCAUUGGUUAAUGUGUACAAAGACCUCUUGCAGUUUUAUCACAAAAGCGUUGUCAUGUUCAAGAAAUCUGGAUUCAUCAUACAUGUGGCUAUGGACUGGUUGAAACCAGAACUCUCUGGGAUAAUCUCCUCGUUCAAUGCCCAUGCAGACGUUUUGUCCAAGCUGCUCGAGUCCGAGAGUUUUGCCACUGUUCAGGAAAUUAAGGAUGAGCAAGUAGACACUUUGAGCGAUCAAGAAACUACAAAGCUUGGGAAUAUUUACCGCAGCCUCCUAUGGCAACUGCUCAAACGGAAGCCCGACCUCAAGGCCUGCUUCUCGGACUGGUAUAAGAAGACGGAGUCACAAAGCCAGGUGAAUCCAACGCAGUCCGAUGAUAAGUUGCGCGACUUCUUAUACGACGCUGUUUCUUCAUCAAAUCAAUUGAUCUUCAUUGUUUUAGAUGGCCUGGACGAAUGCGAGGUCUAUCCUCGGAUUCAGCUGCGUUCCCUCUUUCAUGACCUCUUCAAACACAACGCUCGGCUGAAAGUUUUCAUUUCUUCCAGGUAUGACGAUGAUAUUGAAAGUGCUUUGCCGCCAGCCGCCAGCCGAAUCGAGCUAGGCUUGUCGAAGGAAAGGGACCGUAUCAUUGCGAAUUACCUUGCCAGCCAGAUCAAUAUCCCCGAAGAUACUCGCGAAAAAGUGGUGGAUGUGCUUUCCGCAAAAGCUAACGGCUGCGCGAUUUGGUUACGAAUAUCGCUGGAGUACAUUGGGAAACUUCGCAUACAAAAUCAGAAGGGUUUAGAAAGUGCGUUGAACCGCCUUCCUUCGUCUAAGAGCCUUGCCGAACUGUACUGGACGUUAUUCGACAAGAUUUGCUCGGGUUUUCCAGAGAAUGAGGACAAUCUACAGCGGGCCCUGGAGACGCUCGCCGUUGCCCGGCGGCCUCUAACGGCCGACGAACUUGCUUACGCUGUGUUUAUUGACAUCGAUGACGAUACUCGUACGACUCUGGGUGAACUGGACCAGAUUGCCCAUUCUGUGAAACUGCUUGACCUCAUCCGACCUUUCGUCAGCAUCAUAAACGUGAGAAACGGAAAGGAUCUUCAACUGCGUCUUGUUCACCAGUCUCUCAAAGAGCUCGUAUUGCAGGCUCCACCAUCAAGUUGGAGUUUGGUUGGGAGAACAAAUUGGCAAAACCAGGCUGUCCAACGCAGGGCGGAACUAAACGGAUCUCUCCUCAGGCGUUGCAUCAAGUAUCUCCUCUUUGAAGAAUGUGGGGAGAAUAAUCUUUCCUCGGGCUUCAGAAACAGGCCUGAUGUCGAGUUUCUUGCUAUUGGAGGCGUGCUCGACAAUGACGAGUUUCCGACUGAAUCGCCCUGGUUGAAAUCGCCCCGGGACUUUGAUCCGUCUAAUCUCGGACUCGGGGGCUUUUUCACUUACGCUGCCCCGUACUGGACGGCCCAUUUCCCCGAUGCGUCACAGAAACUAUGGCCAGAUCCAACGGACUUGAUUGUUUUAUGCAGCAGAGGCUCUCAGCGCCUUGAGAACUGGGUGGAACAGUGGCAACGGCCGAAUUGCUCUUACACUACAGAAUUCAGCUUCCCCGAAGUCAUGUCACAUCUGGAUCCUCUAGUCGUGACGGCGAUGUUCGGUCCGGUAGCUUACAUGGCUGACCUGCUCAAGUGCAAUCUCCAGACUCCAGACUUCUUGCCCGACUCUGUUUGGAUUGCUGUCAAACACCUAAUUAGGCGAAACAGCAUCUCAACCAUCGACAACCUUCUCAAGGACAAGGACCUUGGGUCGACGCUGUGUUGUGCUGCAUUCUUCUAUGAAGUGGUAUUAGGCUGGUCAGAAGCUGACAGAUUGUGCGGCAACACUGCAAAGGAAUGGGAAGACAUAUUUGAUUUCCUAAUCAGAGAAUUGCAUGAAAAUCUCCUGGACGACGGGAACGAAAUUCUCUGUCAAGCAGCUCGCAAUGGGUGCUUUGUGCUGGUCAAGAAACUCUUCGAGGCAGCUGAGCGCGAUCCAGAUUUGAGAAGAGCAAUCUUGGCGAAGAACCGUUCGAAGCGUACAGACUGGCAGAAUUCCAUUUCCACACACCAGUCAAUCGGUGAGGCCGCUUAUGAAGCCCAUGCGAACAUAGUUCACUUUCUAUGUCAACAAGCCGGGACUGAACCUCAUCUGCGACACAUAAAUCAACGAGGACAAACCGUGUUCCACCAGGCGGCGCGGAGUGGCCAUGUGGAAAUUUUCCAAACUUUGAUUCAACGUUGGCCUGAAGGGAUCAACCUUAGGAAUAAUGCAAACGAUACCCCUCUUGUUGAGCUCAUCUUCAAUAGCCCCCGGGGCGACAUCGAGACAAUAGAGACCGUCAGGGUCAUCCUGUCCAUGGGCAAAGCUGACGCCACCGGCUUGAAUGAUGACCCUGGUUAUUCGCCCCUAUGCACGGCUGUUCGAAGGGCCAAUAUCGCUCUGUGUAGGACACUCAUCCUUGAGGGCUCAGCCGAUAUAUCAUGCGCAGUGAGUGUUGAGGAAGAGACUGGGAAACCUUUUUUGAAGAAGGACGUGAAUACUCAGGAGACGCUCGGUGCUCAGGAAAAGAUGCUGAAGGAGCUUUGUUCCCUACUUCCUCUUGCUGUGUCAACAGAGUACUUGUUCUGA